AUGGCAGACCGCACCACCCAGGCGGGGCAGGCCGAAAGCGCCAGCAGCAAAACAAUCAUAAUAGGCCUCUCAGGUCCAUCGUCGAGCGGGAAAACGACACUGGCACGGCUUCUGCGUACGAUUUUCGCGAUGGAGUAUAAGGUCCGCACGUUUAUUAUACAUGAAGAUGACUUUUACUAUCCCGAUGACAAAAUCCCAGUUGUCCGGACUGCAAAAGGCGAAUUGGUUCAAGACUGGGAUACCAUCGGCGCAAUCGAUGUUGGGUUCAUGUCUUCUGCGCUGGCCUAUGUGAGAGAGCAUGGCACACUGCCGCCUCGAUUAAGGAGCAAAGAAGACCAGAACGAGGCGGCAGAUCCGCGUGUUGAGAAGACUACCAUAGAAGCUAUGAGGGAAGAAGUAGGGAAGAAAUUGGGUGGUUUCAUUUCGUCUUCUCUUGGAGAUGGAGCAGGAGAAGGAGAAAUCACAAUUGCGUUUCUGGAAGGUUUCUUGCUCUUUGCGCCUCCGGCAGCGGAGAACCCGUCUCAUGUUUUACGCCAUGUUCAUGAUAACAUUCAUUUGCACAUCUUCCUACCGGCGCCAUAUGAUGUUGUCAAGGCGCGGAGAGAGGCGCGGAGUGGCUAUGUGACUAUCGGGCCGGCUCCGACACCAGCGGCUACGCGGGAGAAUGAUGAUAGCAAUACGAAUAAAGAUUUGGAGUCGUCAAGCAUCGAUCUAGAGAAGGAAGAGGAGGGCGAUAGCGCGCCCCAGAAUUUCUGGACUGACCCUCCUGGCUACGUUGAUGAUAUCGUCUGGCCGAGGUACGUCCAGGACCAUGCGUGGUUGUUGGCGCCGGAGGAUGAUACUACGGCCCAGCAAUCGCUCGCCGAUAGACAUGCUGUCGCUGCGUCUUCGGAAUCGACACAGAAGGCAACUGAGGAGCUGUUGAGGCUGGCGGGUCAGGGUGUUAAUGUGCGCGGUGACGCGGGUGUUGUGGUGGCGCCUGGUAAGGGAGAGAAGCCUAUGAACGCGAUUCUGCGAUGGGCUGUGGAUGAGAUAUUAAGUUAUCUAAAAGUACAAUUGUAA